AUGAGCUCCUCCUUCAUGCCCUUCCUGAAGAUAGGAGGCCUACUGGCUUUCUUCCAGUCCUCAGAUUCAUUCCCUUACUGCCAGGACUUUCACAGGGAACGUCAGGAGCCCGAUCAUUCGACAGCAAAACCUGCCAGUAAAGACCAAGACCAACAACCCUUGGAUAGCUCUGCAUUUCCUAAAAAGCCCUGCGGCCCGACCCCGCUGGCCAACAGCUGCAAUGAGCCCUGUGUCAGGCAGUGCCAGGAUUCCACCGUCGUCAUCCAGCCCUCCCCCGUGGUGGUGACCCUGCCCGGACCCAUCCUCAGCUCCUUCCCACAGAGCACUGCCGUUGGAAACUCCACCUCCGCUGCCGUUGGCAGCAUCCUCAGCUCUGCGGGAGUGCCCAUCUCCUCCGGGGGCUUUGGCCUCUCCGACCUCUCUGGCUUGGGCAGCCGCUACUGUGGCACAAGGUGCCGCCCUUGCUAA